GCUCCAGUGUUUUGGGGGGAAAGACAAGAAAGAGGCCUGCAUGGGCGAGCGAAGACGGGCAGUUUUUUUUUUAACAUUCAUAUUGGCUGAAGCUCAGGUGUGUUGAAGUAAUGAACUUUUAUUUUUUGAGUAAAAAUUUAGGAUUGUAAUUUUCAGGUAUAAAAAGGGUCACAAACUGAGUUAAAUCCAGAAGCACCCGUGCGUAAAAAUCUGGUGACAUCAUGUUUUGGAGAAUGUGGCCGUACUGUGUUUCUAUGCUGGUGUGCGCGGUGGUGGUGAGCGCCCAGUUCCCCAGAGAGUGCACAACACCGGAGGGGCUCAGGAGCGGACAGUGUUGCCCGGCGCCCGCCGGAUUCCCCGGGGACCCCUGCGGUUCUAGCGCGGGGCGCGGACAGUGCGUGUCCAUCUCGACCGACGCGCGGCCGCACGGGCCGCAGUAUCCCCACGACGGUCGGGACGACCGGGAACGGUGGCCGGUCCGAUUUUUCAACCGCACCUGCCAAUGCACCGGGAACUUCAGCGGGUACAACUGCGGUCGCUGCAGACACGGAUGGACCGGAGCCAACUGUGAUCAAAGGAUUUCCGUCGUGAGGAGAAACGUGAUGCAGCUCAGCUCUGAAGAGAAGCGCGCCUUUGUGAAUGCACUGAACCAGGCCAAGCGCACAGUGCACCCUGACCUGGUGAUCGCAACGCGCCACUACUCGGACAUCUUCGGCCCUGGCGGGAACGCCACGCAGUUUGAAGACGUCACAGUGUACAACUACUUCGUUUGGUCUCAUUACUACUCUGUCAGCAAGACGUUCCUGGGCGCUGGGCAGGCCAGCUUUGGCGGGGUGGACUUCUCUCACGAAGGCCCCGGGUUCCUCACCUGGCACAGGUUCCAUUUGCUGCAGCUUGAGCGAGACAUGCAGGACAUGCUGCAGGAUCCCUCCUUCGCCCUGCCCUACUGGAACUUUGCCAUCGGCGGGAACACAUGUGACAUCUGCACAGACGACCUGAUGGGAGCCAGGAGCAGCUUUGACAUAAAUUCCCUAAGCCCCAACUCCAUCUUCUCGGAGUGGAGGGUCGUUUGCGAGAGUGUUGAGGACUAUGACACGCUGGGAACCAUCUGUAACAGCACAGAGACCUCUCCCAUCAGGAGAAACCCAGCAGGAAACGUCAACAGGCCCAUGGUCCAGCGUCUCCCAGAGCCCCAGGACGUGGCCGACUGCCUACAAGUUAGCACCUUCGACACACCACCUUUCUACUCCACCUCCUCUGAGAGCUUCAGGAACACAGUUGAAGGCUACAGCGCCCCCAAGGGGAACUACGACCCCAUAGUGAGGAGCCUCCACAACCUGGCUCACUUGUUCCUGAAUGGAACAGGAGGACAGACACACCUGUCACCCAAUGACCCCAUCUUCGUCUUGCUACACACCUUUACAGACGCUAUAUUCGAUGAAUGGCUCAGGAGACACGGUCCAGAUUUAGCUGUGUAUCCUGAAGAAAACGCCCCUAUUGGUCAUAACAGGGGUUACAACAUGGUACCCUUCUGGCCUCCCGUGACAAACGCAGAGAUGUUUGUGACUGCCCCCGAAAAUCUGGGUUACUCUUAUGAAGCUGAAUGGCCAGGCACACCUUUCUCCCUGACUGAAAUAAUAACCAUAGCCAUAGUUGCCGCCCUCGUGUUGGUGGCACUCAUCUUCGCAGCAACCACGUGUGCUGUGCGUGCCCGAUCUCACAAGAUGGAGGGCCACCAGCCUCUGCUCGGGGAUCAGUACCAGCGCUACGACGACGACAAAGGCCAAUCUGUAGUCUGAGAUCACAGCCCCAACACGUGUCUUUUCUCCUGUUUUUUCCAACAACAAAGCAAUGUUGUUCAGUUCUCCAUAAAAAAAGGAAAUCUUGCAGUGGGUAUGCCCAACCCCCUAAAAAGUUAAAAUUCCUAACUCUUUGUACUUAUGUUGUUUUGCAUUGUGCAAUCACAGCAAUUUUUACUGUGCAUUGAAAAAACUGUUGUUUUUUUUAAUGAAAAACCAGUAAAAUUCAUACAAGAUGAUCCCCUGUCAAAUAAUGAGGUAAAAAAUAUUAAAGUAAUUUACUUUCCAACCUAUUACAUGGUGUACAAUGUAAUUGUAAUAUACACUCCAAGGUUUGUCAUAAACACAGCUUUUAACAAUCUCUGCCAGUGAGAAACUAGCAUGUCCAAGUUAAGGGUGCAGAAAUGCCCACAAGAGGGUGCUGUUGUUCAAUUUCUAAGAAUCUUGCUUGCGCAGAAUUUACAAAAAGAGUUGCACGUUGUUUUUUACACCUUAUUUAGCCAACUAAUGUAUUAAAGUUGCUAAAAAAAAAAACAAGAGGUAAUUAAAAGUAAAUUAAGUCAAAA